GGAUAAUCAAAAGCCUUUUGAAUGGACAUAAAAAAUCAAACUGUAACCUCCGGUGCCUGGGUGGCUAUUUCGCCACCCGCUUCAGUUUCUGCCCACGAUCCCCAUAGACCCUGCUUGGCACGAAUCUUUAGACGACCACCAAUCGUACCGGGACUCUGCUCAACCUUAACAGCGUCUUUCGUAGCUAACACAAGAACCUCGAAAAACAUCUUGGUCGCAUCACUCUUGCUCGUGAUCUUUUCGGGAAGUAGAUCUUGGAAAACAACGCUAUUUUUCUUCGACUGCGCCGCGCCCUCGGAUGGUGGCUCGCCACCAAAUCGAUCACGCAACAGGUGAACAGCGUGCUGUGUGCCGAGGGAGAUUGGCCCGCUCUCUGCGGGAUGAACAACACUACUUGAGUCGUUAAAGCCGUCCGCUUGAUAAACGGCAGCUUCGUCAUCGGACAAGUCAUGUGGUCGUUCCUCGUCACCAGCAAGGUGGAUUUCGGAUUGCUGGUUCAAGGUGGUAUCUCCGCCAAUUUCAACGCCUUCGUCCGCAUGUAGGAGACCGUCUUCCUCGCCAAGGUCAAGUCGCGGAAUUUUGUCAGCACCAUCAACAUCCAUAUCGGCAAUGCCGCUGUCCCGUUUUCGCUUAAGUUCGCUCGCCUGGCGCACAGCAUCGAUUGACAGCAUCUCACGCAAUUCUGGCGCCCAGUUUUGGUUGUUGCCACCCAUAACGCUUGACACGAAAUCCCCGUUCUUUUGCAUAUUCAUCAGAGUCAGCAAAAGAGGGUCACGUGGCAAAAUUGAGGCCGGUUUCAAGAUACUCGAUCGGUCAGCUUGUUGCUCCUUGAUUUGAUGGCUGGAGAUCACAGUAUCUACGUCUGGUUGGAUGAUUUUUCUUCUCUUGACUCUUUGGGGUUGGCGGAUAGUUUCAUUCUCAUUCAUAAAAGAGUCAUCAAACUCUCGCACGACACUAGACCGCACAGAGGAGAGCGGAGAUUGGGAAUCCCUAAGAAAUUCACUGGGUUCUUCGGCAGGUACCACCGUUGUGUCUUCUUCGGCAACCGGGACCCCCAGUUCUUCUUCAAUGCCACCCAUUAACACAUCAUCAUCUCGCUGCAAGAAGUUAUCCACAUUGUCAUGGGCAUCUUCUUCAGUGCCUGGCUUGCCAAACUGGAUUCCGGCAUCACUGUGAUGGAGCUCUAAAUCAUCGUCGAAUGGCCUAUGGUCGUCGCUGAAAAGGUCAUCGCCAGCCGAUCGUGGAGCGGGUGCAUCUCGUCCCACUUCAAUGCUCAUGUCGUGGCCCAAAGGCAUGUCGUCCUCGCCUAAAUCAAGAACGAGACCGGUAUCAUCUUCCAAGUGGGGUCUCUCGAUGGGUGUCGCGAAUCGUUGAGUAGGGGUGCUGUCUGGAAGAAGUUGACUGGACCAACCGAGUGACGAUGCAGGCCGUUUCCCUUCAGUCCCUAUUUGAGGCUGUGAGAACAAAACAGAUGUAUCCAAGUUCAUAAACAGAUCAGACUCUGUAAGCACAUCUGGUAGUGUAAUUCCACCCGCAGGAAGGGUGACAGAGCUGGGGAGAUCAUUAUUGUUGGUCAAUCGAAAAGCCUAAAUAUGGUAUUAGCAAAGCAAAUUAUUUUCCGGCAGUCUAUGAACCGUCAUACGAACCAUUUUAAUUUUCAUUAAAGCUUCAUUGCAGUCGUCGAGAAGGUACCUAGUUUUCCGGCUGUAAAUACGGACAACACCCAACAACAACUGACCACUCAACCGCAGCGCCAUGGGUGCUUGGCCUUGAUCGACAAUCGCGCUGACACUGCUUUCGAUAUCAGAUUGCAAAAUGUGAGAUUUUGUCAGUUUGCGUUCGAGGUUCGCGGACAGCCAGACUCGAGCCAGCGGCCCGGUCUUCGAUAAUAGUGUUUCCGAGUAAAACAUGUUGAAGGUAUGGGAUCAACAAUGCCGUGUACUAUUAGGAAAGAUGUAUUCUUAAGGUGAUUCCAGACGCGAGAAAGAGAGUCAACAACGAGUGCGACCAGUACGUCGACCCGCAGUCAUCGACGCGCUGGUGCUUUCUUUGGGGAUCAAGGGCCCACGAAUUGCGACCUCGCGCGACAGGUCCCUAUGCUACAGGGCAACGGGAAUCGACUAACGUAUCUAAAUUUAAUCAAAGUGAUGAGUGAUGCACAGUUCGACGCUUCUAACGCAGAGAUAGAAUGGGAAUCGGUGGAAUGAUGAGUCGGCGAUGGGGCGGCGGCGUGAAAUAGGAGAGGGGUUGGGGGAUCUGGGAAGCGCGUUUGUUUGAAAUCCCAGGAUUUUGUUCCCAAAAGAGAAGAAUGCGGUGGCUGGAAUAUCACGUGAGUGAGCAUCAGUCAGCAGCGGCUUGGCAUGGACCAGACGCGGAAGUCAGAAGAAGGGCUAGGUCUAAUUGAGUUUAGCCCCAUAAUCUCGAGAGCCGCGAGCCCAAGUGGCCAAGCCCUAUCCGCGAUAUUAUUUUUAAAGACAGCUUUCCAUUAGCCAACGGAGAUGAAGAAGAAUUCCCUCUCAGCUCCCCGAUUCUACUCUGGCAAUCUCCCCAAUUCCUCUUCGCUUACUACCCUCAAUUCCAUCCCGAUCUGCAGCGCCCUGCUAAUAUUAGUAUUGGCGUCCGGACUUUGAAACGUGCUUUGUUCGUCCACGGGUCCGCGCCGAGACUUACCACAUUCAUCAGCAACAUCCCGUCUUCUGACCAGCGGCCGCCAAUAUCAGAAGCGCACCCCAUUGAUAUAUGCCUUCUCUGCUCCCACCGUAACCCCGGCUUUUGCCAGCCCCGUAACUGUCCCGGGAUGCCAGACUGGCGUACUGAUUCCUCCGCAUCCUGAGCUAUGUCAGGAUUUCCGGCCCCUCCUCCGCUCCCUCUCUACGCCGUCCCCAAUUCCGCCCGACAGACUCCCUCUCCCUAUCGAACGAGUACUGUCGUAUCGUCUUCAACCACAUCCACAUACUCGAAGCUCAGUCCGCAGGAAGUAGCUGACCGUUUACAAACAUCGCUCGUCCAUGGCCUCUCCCCGGCCGAUGCCCACGCGAGAUUGCUGCGGGAUGGCCCCAACGAACUCUCCUCCGAGGACCCGGAGCCUCUCUGGUUACGGUUUCUUAAGCAAUUUAAGGAGCCUUUGAUACUGUUGCUUUUGGCUUCUGCUGCGAUUUCCUUCUUCAUGAGCAAUUAUGACGAUGCAAUUAGUAUUGCGCUUGCGGUUACAAUUGUCGUCAGUGUUGGGUUUGUGCAGGAGUACAGAUCGGAGAAGUCGUUAGAGGCACUAAAUAGGAUGGUGCCGCAUUAUGCUCAUUUGAUUCGCAAUGUACCUCACUCUGGGUCACUCGGAUAUACUGCAUCUCAAACUGCAAAUGAUGUGGAAGAGUUGGAGAUGCAAGAGUUGGCAGCGAAUGGGCCACAUCCAGUGACGUCCUCCCCAAAGGCGUCUACAACAGUUCUGGCAGGCCAAUUAGUUCCUGGGGAUUUGGUUCUAUUCUCAACUGGUGAUCGAAUCCCUGCUGACCUCCGCAUCACCAGCUCUACCGGCCUUUCCAUUGACGAAUCUAACCUUACUGGAGAAAAUGAACCUGUUAUCAAAUCUUCUGAAUCACUGGGGAAAUCUAAUGGCGGGCUUCAGUCGCUAAAGGAAAAUUCAGGGUCCAAUUCCCCUUAUUACGAUUCUCCAGCUGCUGGAACCGUUGGGACCGAUCUUCGAUUAAAUGAACAGCAUAACAUUGCUUUUAUGGGCACAUUGGUGCGGUCUGGCUAUGGUCAAGGGAUCGUUAUAGCUACUGGACCUAAUACCGAAUUUGGGAGCAUAUCUGCCUCUCUUCGAGAAAUCGAAAGCCCACGAACGCCGCUUCAACUGUCAAUGGACCGCCUGGGCCAAGAGCUGAGUUACAUGUCAUUUGCAGUCAUUGGGUUAAUUGUCCUGCUUGGGCUGUUACAAGGCAGAAAUUUGUUGGAUAUGUUCACUAUCGGAGUGUCUUUGGCUGUUGCUGCGAUUCCAGAGGGGCUUCCCAUAAUCGUCACUGUUACGCUGGCUCUAGGUGUCUUUCGAAUGGCGAAAAGAGGCGCCAUCGUGCGACGACUACCUAGUGUGGAGACCUUAGGCUCUGUCAACGUCGUAUGCAGUGAUAAAACCGGCACCUUAACGCUCAACCAUAUGACGGUUACGAAAAUGUGGCACUUCGAUUCUGAUGCUCCUUUCGACGUAAACAGAGACAGCCGGUCAGUGAAUGCUAGUGCUGCUGCACGAACCAUCCUCCGUGUAGGUAACAUUGCCAAUAAUGCUCGACUAUCUCGCGCGCACGCCAAUUCGCCGGCCACAGCUGCCUCCGCUGCCAUAUUAUCCUCAACUGUGGAUCAAUCCUCGGGUGCAAUUAGAAGUCGAUGGGUUGGUCAACCUACAGAUGUCGCUAUUUUAGAUCUAUUAGACGCAUUCGCCGAGGAUGACAUUCGAGACCGGAUAAGCCCCCGUGUCGCGGAGACUCCUUUUAGCUCGGAACGAAAAUGGAUGGGAGUGAUCAUUGGCAGCGGUGGUCCUCUGUCAGAAAAUGGGUUUAGCAACGGUAGCUGUCCGGAAAUUGCAUACAUUAAGGGUUCUAUAGACGAAGUUCUCAAGCGUUGUGAUACUUAUUUAACCAAAGACGGCAGGGAAGUAAUUUUAGACGAGGCGAGACGGCAGAUAGUGAGACAGGCAGCUGAGUCCAUGGCGGCAGAAGGGCUGAGAGUGCUUGGUUUCGCAAGCGGUCCUGUUAGAGAUAUCGGAAGAGGGUCUCGCCCAUUGGGUAGCCGAAGCCCAACACCCGGCUAUUUGGAGAAAACAACACAGCUCCGACACAGCCAGUCCAAAAAUGAUGAACUUUACACAGGUCUUGUGUUUUCUGGCCUUGUUGGGAUGAAUGAUCCACCUCGAAAGGACGUUCACCGAGCUAUCCGCAAACUGAUGGCUGGUGGAGUCAGGGUCAUUAUGAUCACAGGCGAUGCGGAAACAACGGCAGUGGCUAUUGCGAGGAAACUGGGAAUGCCUGUUAAUCCGUCCCCCGCGGCGAGAGAGGUACUAAGGGGAGAAGACAUAGAUCAUAUGAGUACUGCAGAAUUAGCUCAGACGAUUUCUGCAACCUCUAUAUUCGCACGGACCAGCCCGGAUCAUAAGAUGAAGAUUGUGCGAGCGCUUCAAGCGAGCGGCAAUGUCGUUGCAAUGACAGGCGAUGGAGUCAAUGAUGCACCCGCCUUGAAAAAAGCAGAUAUUGGAAUCUCGAUGGGCCGGUUAGGCACAGAUGUCGCCAAGGAAGCUGCAGAUAUGAUUUUGACAGAUGACGAUUUCUCAACGAUUCUACGAGCCAUCGAGCAAGGCAAGGGUAUUUUCUAUAAUAUCCAGAAUUUUAUCACGUUUCAGCUAAGCACCAGCGUUGCCGCAUUGAGCCUGGUGCUCAUCAGUACAACAUUGGGACUUAAGAACCCGCUUAAUGCAAUGCAGAUAUUAUGGAUCAAUAUCCUCAUGGAUGGGCCCCCCGCCCAAUCCCUCGGCGUCGAGCCUGUCGAUCCAUCCAUCAUGAGCCGCCCUCCACGUUCCAAACACGCCCGCGUGCUUACCAAACCAUUGAUCCGCCGCGUCCUUACCUCCGCAAUGCUAAUAAUGCUCGGCACGCUGGCCAUCUACGUCCACGAAAUGUCAGACCACACGGACGAAGUCUCUGGCACUCGCUCCCGCAUUGUCACCAGCCGCGACACAACCAUGACAUUCACCUGCUUCGUAUUAUUCGACAUGUUCAAUGCGCUGACGUGCCGAUCGGAAACCAAGUCCAUCCUGCGCGGGGAGUUGCGGCUUUUUAGCAAUAAGAUGUUUAAUUAUGCCGUGCUGGGGUCGCUGGUGGGCCAGGCAUGCGUUAUUUAUUUGCCACUUUUACAGGGUAUUUUCCAGACAGAGGCGAUUGGAUUGUGGGAUUUGUGUGUGCUUGUGUGUAUUUCUAGUACGGUGUUUUGGGUGGAUGAGGGGAGGAAGUAUUUGGCAUGGCAGAAGAGGAACGGUGGAGUGGGGAUUUCUGGGGUGAGGAUAGGUGGAUAUAGUGUUAAUGUGUGAGACCUUUUAUGUUGGAAUGAGGAGAUAACGUGGGGAGGAGGGCGUGUCUGUAAUGACGAGAUAUUUAUUCUAUUUUUGUCUUCUUGUAUAUCACGCUUUGGAGCGUCUUUGUUUUAUUAUCGUUACACCUUUGCUAUCAAAUAUCCUGCUUGUCGCUCGGUGGGUUGUUGGGCGAUUCUCCCGUUAACUUUUCUGUAAGGUUUUAGACAUAGAUCACAGGCUUCCCUCAUUACUCCGAACGGAAUGCACACUGAGAGAGUCAUAAUGAUAUAUUUGCGCUUGCACUAUAUACAAUUUCUACCUAUAGCUAGCGCGAAGGGAAGAAGUUCCAUUCCCCAUCCCUAUCUCCACCCAUACCCUAUACGCUAUGUAUAUCGCCCAAUAUUUCUUGUCAAACAAUCAAGCUGGGCGCCCAUUUACGCAGGAAAGCUAGCUAUCCUUCCGGCAAGGGUCGACCAACCCUCGCAGCCUCAUCAAGAUAUGAUAUUCCUUGCGCAAAGUAACCUUGAUGUAUAUCUGACAUCACCCAUCCGCCUUUGGCAGCACAUCCCAUCUCUAUUGUGCUAGGUGUUGAAAAAAUGAUCGAGUUGAACCACAUGUUCUCGAUGACGGUUUGAAUAAGUCGCUUAACUACCUACCCGGUGUGCUCUUUAGCGCGCGGAAGCUCGGGCCGUUGUUAAUGUUACCGCGUCUAAUCAGGACCCUGACUCGACUCCUCGAGUUUAAGAACAAUCCUAAUCACCACUCAAAACUUGCGAAGGACUAAACAUGUCCUUGUAUUUUCUAACUUUAAAUAUGAGCUCUAGUAGGAGGACUCUGAUGCCCGGCGGAUCAGGGAUUGCUCUAUGCUCUCCUUGAGUCGUCAUCUUCGGCCAUCAAGGUGUGGAGCGAGACUCGAUUUUAAUUGUGUCGAAUCGUCGUACGUGCAUAUGGAGCAUCAAAAAAUAUGACUAAUAUAACUAUGAAAAGAAUAACAGGCCAGGUUAAAUUAGGGAAAAAUCAUAACCGGAGAUAAUUGCCAACAGAAAUGGACGAACCAAAGUGAUAUGCUAUCCCAUACUGCUCCUUGAAAAGCAAAAGAAAACUUAUGGAAGCAAAGGAAGAAAUUUGCAUAAACGACAAAACAAAAACAUGAAAAGAUUCAGCCCACUUCUCCUUUUUCACUAUGGCUAACGAUAGCCGGUUGUGGAGCAGAGGGAGGGCUUUCGUCACGCUGGCUGUCUGAUCUAGCAGGCGUGGGUGCCGAUACUGGUCGACCAUUCAUCGCUAUGCUCGACUUUAUCGUCUCGCUGUGUUCAUUAGUGCCAUGAAGGUGAACGCUGGACUCGUCCUGGCCCUCCUGACUCUGCCCAUGGAUCUGUGGCGCCCAUGCGAGAUAGUCGCGGCGGACCUCGACAUAGUCAUACGCAAACUCACCCAGUUGGUCGUCGUCCAUUCCCAAAAACUCCGCUUGUUCUGACGCACGCAAUUUCAAACCCGGGAUUGCGUUGAUGCCGUAGGCGAUCAGGGCGGAUACUACGAAAGUGUACGCACUUGCCGCAAAAAUGUACGCUAUCUGGAUGUAUAGGAGUUUGUAAUUGCCAAUGAGCCAGCCCCCUACACCCGUUCCUGUGUUUACGCCGUCGAGGCCGACAAUGGCAUCGCUGGCGAAGAGGGCGUUGAAGAGUAACCCGACAAUGCCGGCAACGCCGUGCUCGGCGAAGAUGUCCAUAGAAUCAUCGAUGCGGAUCCAAUAUUUGACUACAGAAAGUUGGCAACGACUCCUGUAACUAUUCCCAGAAUCACACUAGCCCACGGAGGAAUGAAACCAGAGGCUGGAGUUGCAGCGACCAGACCAGAGAUGGUACCAGAACACCACCCGACCAUGGACAGUUUCCGAGCGAGCCGCCAGUCGAGGAGUACCCAGGUCAUGGCCGCAAAGCUAGCGGUCAAACAAGUGUUCCAGGUUGCGAUGACAGCACGCAGAUUGGCACCGAAAGCCGAACCGCCGUUGAAACCCAGCCAUCCAAACCACAGGAAGAUGGUCCCCAGAAGAAUGAGUGAAACAUUAUGUGGUCGGAAAUUGAGCAUCAUGCGCUCCUGGCGACGACCCAAAACCAUCGAGUACGCGAGCGCAGAUAGACCGGAUCCGAUUUCAACUGGGCCACCGCCUGCAAAGUCCAAGACGCCCCAUUUGUAAGCCCACCCAUUGACAUUCCAUACCCAGCACACGAGGGGACAAUAGACGAGCGUAGCCCAAAAGAAAGUAAACACCAUGGCGGGUAGCAGACGACCUCGCUCAGCCACGGAUCCCAUUAUUAUGGCAGCAGUCACAGCGCAAAAUUGCAUCUAGCAAAUCCUCCUCAGGUCAGCCUGCACCACCAUCACCACCACCGUCACCACCACCACCACCACCAACCACCACCGACAAAAAAAAAAAAAAAAAGAAUUGAUCUCACACACCUGAUUUAAAGCAUACAGCAGCCCAGGUAUCAACGGCGAGCCGGGACUCGGAGCCGCGAGUGUUUUCAUGAGCCCAAAGUUGCUUAGAUUGCCAAUAAACCCAUUCGUCGCGGUCGGGGAGAAGGCCAACGAGUACCCCCAGAAGUACCACUGGAAAGUCACGACAGACAUGGAACCCAUACAUGCCCAGAUCAUACUGAGCGCUGAUUUUCGCCGCGCCAGGCCGGAGUAGAGGAAGCCCAGCCCGGGAAUCAUGACCAUGACCAUCGCUGAGGCGACGAUUAUGUACGCCUGAUCGCCAGCCUGAAACCAUUUGUUUAGGUUUUCGAUUCCUGAUUUUUUAGUCAGGGGGGGGUUAGUGCAUCUGGGGGACCUCUCUUCUGGGGUUUGGGAAACGCACGAGAGUCUCCCCCGAGGUCCGAAUUGGUUGUGAAAGUGAAGUUUGCCGGCGCACCGGUCCAGUUGUAAGAAGCAUAGUCGGGGGCAUAGCGGCCCGUGAGAGCCGACAUGUUGCUCCCCGGAGGUCCGCUUCUUUGCCUUUUCUGUAUGUAUUUGUGGGGUGGGUUUACCAGAUUCGAUUCUAUGCUAUAUUUUCACGUCUCGUCUAGUUAUAACCCUAGUGAUUGUCUAGUCUUGACAGUUUCAAUGUGAACAAAGUACAGCUUUGGCGGGACUUUCUUCUUACAAUGGACUGGGAGAAGGGAGAGAAGGGAGAGAAGGGGAGGGGGGGAGUGGUAGUAGAAGACGAGAAGAACGGGCAGUGGUGGAUGCUGGAAGAGAAGCUAAAAAUUAAGGGGGAGUAAAAAGAAAAAUGAAAAAUGAAGAACGAGCAAAGGAGAGAACUAAGCAGUCCCGAAUGACAUGCGGGGAGGAGUAUAUAUUAUUAUUAUUAUUCUUAUUAUUAUUACUUAUUGUCCGGCGCGGAGGGGAAUCACAGCCCGUAUGGAUUCAGGGGGGUUUACACAUCUACAUCUACUACAUCUACGAGAUAACAAAAUCAAGAAUCGAAUUUCAAUUCGAGUUCCGGGACACGAAAAUGAAUCGGUUUGGCCCGAAAUUGCGAAUUAUUUUUUUUUUUUUUUUUACUGAACAAAGAGAGGAAGGAGAUAACAGAGAGAGAGAGAGAG